AUGCCUCCUAAAUUCCAGCCAAAGAAGUACUCAAUGACUCCAAUACCCAAGGAGUACAUCUACUCCUCAACUCCCAGAUACGUUCUCUCCAUAAUUCAACAACCAAAGCAAGCCAGGGCUUCAAUAAACACUAUUCGUUCUGUUGAUCCUUGCCCGAUUCUAAAAGUUUCUUUACUCAAUGAUCAUGACAAAGACAUAAUCGACCAUACCUACAACUUUUUGAUUUGUACUGUUUCCUACGAAUAUAUUGGUAUUCCAGAGUACUUAUCGAUAAAUAACUAUCAUACUCAUACUCAUAACCAUAAUAACACCGAAAACCAGCCCAAUCAACUCAACCAAAACGAUAUCAACAAUUUAACCAACCUAAGCAACUUGAAUAAUUUAAGUAACUUGAAUAACUUGAGCCAUUUGAACAAUUUAAACAACUUGAACAGUUUAGCAAAUUUAACCAGUUUAAACAGCUUAAACAAUUUAAACGAUCAUAAUCUUAUAAAUGCUCUCAAUAAAGAUAAUGACAUCAAUCACCUUAAAAAUGAAAAUGACAAUAAAGAAGAUUACAAUGAAUUGAAACUAAAAAGAUAUAAAAAAAGAAGAAUGAACAUGAUUGAAAAUGAUAAAGAAAAAAUACUCUUUGGCACAACUUCAGUUUCUUGUAAUAUAAUAAAUUCAAAAGUAAACCAAGUCUUGAAUAAAAUUGAUUUUCAAACCCCUAAUAAGAGUAAUUUUACCACUUUGAAUUUGAAAACCCCUAUAAAUAAGACUAAUAAUAACAACAAAAAUAAUGAAACUAUUCAUGAAAAUAAUAAAAAAAACGAUACAGAAAAUAACAAUAAUAAUAAUAAUAAUAAUAAUAAAAAUGAAAAUGAAAAUGAAAAUGGAAACGAAAAUGAAAACCAAAAUAGUAAUGAUGAUAAUAAUAAAAUUAAAAAUAAUAAUCUUAACAAAAACAAUACAAAACAAAUUGUAUCUUUCAAAGGUGAUAAAAACGUUUCUCCAGAAAAUGUCAAGGCUUUUUUUGUCUUUAACAAUUUAGCCAUUAGAUACGAAGGAAGAUACAAAUUAAUCUUUAAAUUGUUCGAAGUUCCAAUAACAAGUUUGCUCUCUAAUUACGACCCAAAUAAUUUGAAUUCAAACUUAAACAUCUUUUAUAGAUGUGAAAUUAAAAGCGAUCCAAUUAUUGUUUACUCUUCCAAAAAUUUCCCUGGUUUAAAACCAACCCCUGAAUUGCCUCUAAAAUUAAAAGAAUUGACCGGCUCGAAAAUAAGAUUAAGAUAUAAAUCGUACCUGCGUUCUAAAUCAAUCUUAAAUGAUAACAAAAAUACUAGCACUACCAACAACAUUAAUAAAAAUAAUAAUAUUAACACAAAUAACAGUAUAAAUAAUAUCAAUCAACUUAAUUCAAAUAAAGAUAAUAACAACUCGCCUCUUAAUAACCAAUCUUUUAAUGACUCAAAUAAUAAUUUAAAAGUUUUAUCCGAAGCUUCAGCUAUACUGGAACCAAUCAUCAAAUCCAUUCAUGACAAAAAUAAAGAAACCCCUUUAGAUUCUGUUCCAAAUCCAAUUAUUGAUAUCACAAGCACAGACAGUAGCGAAGACCACAAUGAGGAUCACAAUACCAACAAUAAUAACAAUAAUAACAACAAUAAUAUUACUAUUGGUAAUAAUGUCAAUAAUAAUGUCAAUAAUAUCGAUGGUAAUGGUGAUGUUAUUAUGACUGGUACUAAUGAUUCAAAUAUUGACCACCAAAUGAACUAUUUUCAAAUUUCUCCUCAAUCAACCUAUAUCCUUAAUCAGAUUCAAAAUCAAAGCCAAUUUCAAUUUAACCAACAGAGUUUUAUGCCUUCUCACUAUCAUAUUUCAAACUCAAGUUCUUCAAAUUUCCAAAUUUCUAAUAUCUCUCCUGAACUUAAAAAUCAAAAUAACGACCAACUUUAUAGCCAGAUUCAGGCUCAACUAAAUAUUAAAAGUGAUAAGAAAUUAAAUGAAGACAUUAUUUCUAAUAAAGCUGAUAAUGAUAAAGCUGAUAAUAAUGAUAAUGAUAACAAUGAUAAUGAUAACAAUAAUGACAAUGAUAAUAAUGAUAGCAAUGAAAACAAAAAUUAUAGCUAUAACGAUAAAGGUAAUAAUAUUAAGAACAAUAUAGAAAGAGUGAAUGAUAUCGAUCUUGAUAAUGUCAAUACUAUUGGUGAUAACGAAAAUGAAAAUGAAAAUAGCAAUAACCAUAAUGAAAAUAACGAUAAUAAUGAUAAUGAAAAUAACAAUAAUAAAGAUAAUGAUAACGAUAAUGAUAAUGAAAAUAACAAUGAAAAUCUCAAUGAUAAAAAGAAUAACAAUGAAAAUCUCAAUGAUAAAAAGAAUAACAAUGAUAACAAUGGUGAUGCUCUAAAGCCAAAAAAUUCAAACAAUGGCAAUUAA